UUGUAAUAGGAUUUACAUUCAGCUAUAACUCAGAGGAUCUGUUAAACGACGUCUAUCCGAUAGACGGCGUCUUCUCACCACAGCCCCUAGACGGCCGCUUGACGCCCCAGACACCGUUGCAAGGGUCCCAGAGAACCGGAAGUGCGACUAAAGUGCGACCCCAGAGUCGCGCACACUCGAGGAUGGACGUUGGUGUACAGGAUUUCUACAAUACUCCGCCCAUACAUACAGAGAAAAAGGUCCGGCCGCUGCCAUUCGAGACCCAGUACAACUACGCGAUACCCGACACGGGAGCCAGGCCCACGUCCCCAGUGAUGCGCCUCCUAGAGCGGGCUCAUACCCAGCCCUUCAUGAGCCUCCAGGGCCCAUCCACCGGGCCGGAAAUGGACCCCAUCACGCGCCAGUAUUACCACCGGCUGUGGAAAUCGCAGAGCCCUGGUGAAUCUGUUAAUGUCAACCGCUACGGUAGAGCCGGUGGGGUGUGGCGGCACGUGCGCGCAUGCGUGGCGAAUACCGGAACACAGCUGGCGUUCAUAGACGGGACUGUGAAAGAGGAAGACAAUGUGUAUUUCCCGCCUUGGAAUAAAAGCGGCGGACAGAGUGCAUACACGAAUUAUCGGCCCUUAAACUGGAACCGAGGCGUGCCGAAGACACAAAAGUCAUUGCCGCCCAAAUCUGCGACCUACCGAAACUCGUUCAAUUCGCACGCGAAAAGCGGGUUUAAAUAUUGGUACCAAGAACCGAAGCCUAUAGAUUACUCGGCCAAGUAUUGUUUUGGCGCCAAGGGCCGCUGGUUGGGCCUGCAGGGGGAGGCCCUGCAUCCUGUAGGAUGUUACUUUAUUGAGUGAGAGGACCCACCACCAGAAUACGAGCCCGGAUCGUCGGGAACGGCUACUGAGGAAGCCCCGCCCCGUCCUUUCAUCUACAACCACCCCUCGCCCUCUUAGCGUAGCAAUCUUCACAGAGCCUCGCAACAUUUCGUCACAUUAAAGCAACAACUCUAUAAAGCCUUAUAUUUUGCAUCGCAUAUAUGGAGUUAUUGCUUUAACGUGGGGAAAUCUCACAGUACACUUUGCUUAUGGCUUAUUUUUCAGUAUUAUAUAUAAAAAAGACUUGAAUAUUACGGACAACGUUUAUUGCAUGUACAGUGCCGGAUUAGAAAUGUAGAGGCAGUGAAACUUCUGGGUUCCAGGCCCUAGUUGGUCUAGUGCCUGCUAGAACGCCAGUGCCAAUCGAUUUCAUUGUUUUAAAUUAACAUUCAAGCGCCAAAAACUCGCACGGCAUAGAAUGUGACAAUAUCCUUUAUAGAUAUAUUAUGUCAUUAUAAUACCGUAUAUUACAUUCUCUUUUUAAAUUACGAGUUUCGAACCUUCACACAGCGGAACCUAACAUUGAUAUAAAAUAAUGUGCUUGUCAAUUCAUUAAAUAAUGCUAAGUAAGAACGUACAACAAUUCUUUUGUCGCAGUCUAACGGGGCCCCUUUAAAGUCGCGGGUCCCAUAUGCAUCGGCCUAAAGGGUAAUCCGAGACUGUGCAUGUACAUACACGCACUGUUCGUUCGGCGGAAACCAGAACACUUUUUCAGCUUGACAGCCUUGUUGUAAGGUUUGAACUUAAUAGCGCAAUAAUAUAAUUUUAGGUAAAUACUUUAGUAUUGUCAAUGUUAAUAAUGCAGUUUCACGUGGCUUUCGAACUGUUUAAUUUUUAUUGAUUAAUUAAUUUAAAUGGAUUUAUAUAUUUUUUUAUAUAAAAUACUGUUUGUUAAUAUUAAUGCCCAUUCUGUAUUGCCUUUCUCUGCACGCGGACAUCGACGUAUGUCG